AUGUCAACUCAAGAAUGUCCUUUUUCACGUUUCUGUGUAUCUGAAUAUUGUACAUUAACACACCCAUCUCCAUUUUUAGAUCUUUUACCACCAACUCCAGAAGAUCCCAGAAUCACUACUUCUCCUUAUCGACUUAGAAACUGGUUACGUAUUAAAGCUGUUAUACCUUUAAUUAAAACAGUUUCAGAUUUGUCAAUUUAUUUAUCUUCUUUAUUGACAUCAGCUUCUUUUUUUUCAAAAGGAACGCUUUCAGUGAUAACCCUCCACGCCUUUGAAAAUUUAACACCAGAAGAAGUGAAAUCCUUUGAGGAAGAGAUUUUACCGACAAUCACUGAACUCGUUUUAGGCUCAGAAAAUGUGUUACACCCACCACCCGUGAUUAUGAACACUAAUGCACUCCAACUGUUAACAAGAAGACAAUGCGCAUCAUUUUUGGCUUGUGGUUUUCUUGGAUUAUUCUCUACAACACUCAGAAAGAACUAUAGAAACCACCCCGAUGUAACUGGCUUUGUGAGUAUGUUUACUUCAAGUGAUCAAGUCAGCCUAACUCGAUUAAGGUGUUUUAUUGGGUACUUUCAUGUAAUUCACAAUAACAUGAAGAAUCAACAUUUCAUGAGAGAGCUUGUGACAUUCAAUCGAGUAGAUUCACCCCCAUUUGAUGUUAAACGACUCUUACAAGCAAAGAUUAAAUUCAGUGGAAUUAGUGUGAAUGACGAGAUGGGCAUCAUGGACUUCCCAGAAACUACAUUAAAGGCCGAUUUUGCGAAUAAAUAUCUUGGUGGCGGUGUCUUGAGAGGAGGGAACGUUCAAGAAGAGAUCAUGUUUAUGGAGUGUCCAGAGAUGAUUUGUGGUUUAUUCAUUAAUACUGUGAUGGAUGACUUUACCACAAUUCGGAUAUCUGGUGCUAUCAGAUACACCCAAAUAGUUGGGUAUGGUGGGAGAAUUGAAUUUAAAAAAAUCUUUGAAGAGCAAGUGAAGCAAAACAUAGUAGCUUUGGAUGCACUUGUAUUUGGAAGAGACAAAGAGGCUCAAUUUAAGAGCGACUCUAUUCAACGAGAAAUGACUAAAAUCUAUUCUGCGGUACACAGUGCAUAUGAAGAUAACUUAUCUGACUUUGUCACUGGGAAAUGGGGAUGUGGUGUUUUUGGUGGAGAUGUUAUUCUCAAGUUCUUGUUACAAAGCGUUGUGUGCUGUUACUGCAAAAGAAAAAUGACGUUCACAACUUUCCACGACAAAAAGACUUUUGAGGAGAUCAAUGAGUUCUUGCACAAACUCGAAAAGGAUCCCCCAGAACUUGGAAACUUUGUUGAGUGGAUUUUUUGGUAUAUUAAUACUAAACAAGAAUGGAGAACUGUACUCAAAGACGAGACAUUGCCCUCAGGCUCUAAGCCAUUUAAAGCUUCGACAAAUGAUCAAUGCAUAAUUGCUUGA